UCCUUGUAUUGUUUUUCCUCCCACUUUUGCCUAGAAACUAGAAAGUAAGUGACCCGUUUAUUCUUCCUAUUUAUUGUCUUCCUCUCUCUCUCACUCUCUCUCUCUCUCUCUCUCUCUCUCUCUCUCUCUCUCUCUCUCUCCUCUUCAUUUUCAAAUUUAGUGGGUUGUUUGGGAAAUUGAAUAACUCAGUGAAAGAAGACAAAGGUUAGAAAUAAUAGUUGUAGGUUGUACGUAGAGGUAAUUGGUUUAAUUGAGUAGGGAAAGUCUAAUGGCGGAAAAGAGGAAGAUAAGCAGUGAGAGUAUUAUAACUUACAAACAUCAUAAGACAAGUGCACUAUGUUCAUCUUCCUCUGCCUCCGACCACUAUGUUCGUCUCAAGUUUGUGAAUCAGGACAAUGAAGAAACCUUUUUUAAGGUGUUGCGCAAUGCCAACCUUGGCAAAGCUUUUAAAGCUUACUCUAAUCACCACAAUUUGCCUCACCAACUUCACUUCACCUAUGACGGCAUGCGUGUCAAUCCUAACCUCACCCCCGACGAUCUAAACAUUAGGGAUGGAGAUGUAUUUGACGUUUUCAGCUAUGUACACGGUGGUGGUGGUGCCGCUGCUGCUUACAUCGGCUUUAACAAUUGACAAACGCCUUGGGAUGAAGCUCCUUCUUAACCAAUUCCAGAUCCUGUGUUUUAUUUGGACCAAAAGAUGUAAUUCACUAAUUGCUGUGUAGAUGUAGUAGGCAACUGUAGCUAUCCUUUUAAAGUUUUUAGUACUCCUCUAGCCCUUGGAUGUAUAGUGUGUGUAUGCGUGUUAAAACAGAAAUUUGUGUGUAAAAGUUUAUUAAUAACUCCGUUAAUUUUUA